AUGGGAGAUGUGAAUCGAUCAGUGGCCUUAGACUUUAUUCUGGUGGGCCUCUUCAGUCGCUCAGGGUCACAUCAGCUCCUUUCCUCCCUGGUGGCCACCAUGUUUCUCAUGGGACUUCUGGGUAACACUAUUCUGCUCUUCUCGAUCCGCGUGGACUCCCGGCUCCACACACCCAUGUAUUUUCUGCUCAGCCAGCUCUCCCUGUUUGACGUUGUCUUUCCCUUGGUCACCAUCCCCAAGAUGGCAUCGGACUUUCUGCAGGGAGAAGGUUCUAUCUCCUUUGGGGGCUGUGCAGCUCAAAUAUUCUUCCUGACGUUGAUGGGUGUGGCCGAGGGCGUCCUGCUGGCCCUCAUGUCUUACGACCGUUACGUUGCCGUGUGCUGCCCCUUGAAGUAUACCGUGCUCAUGAGACGCCAGGCGUGUCUGCUCAUGGUGGCCUGCUCCUGGGUGACAGGUGUGAUCAACGCUUCCAUCCAGACCUCCCUCACCCUGCACUUUCCCUGCUGUGCUUCCCGCAUUGUAGACCACCUCUUCUGUGAGGUGCCGGCUCCUGCCUACGAGUUGGCGCUGUCCACCUCGGGGGUGCUGAUUCUCGUGCUUCCGCUCUCCCUCCUCGCUGCAUCCUACGGCCACGUGUUGCGGGAUGUUGUAAGCAUGCGCUCAGAGGAGGCUCGCCACAAGGCCUUCACCACUUGCUCCUCGCACAUCCCUGUAGUGGGACCCUUUUACGGGGCAGCCGUGUUCAUGUACAUGGUGCCUGGGGCCUACCACAGCCCAGGCCAGGACAACGUGGUCUCCCUUUUCUACAGCCUUGUCACGCCCACACUCAACCCACUUAUCUACAGUCUGAGGAACCGGGAGGUGCGGAUGGCUUUGGUUAAAGUGCUCAGCAGAGCUGGGCUCGGGAGAAAGUGUUGA